AGCUCCACCCAGGUCGCAGGCAGCGCGGUCGGCGGCGCCUAUUUCCCGCCAUUGUGCGAAGUGGAGGCUGGGGGCCCGCACGCGCCGCCUGCCCGUGGCCAGCUGCUCCUCGGCUGUCGCCGCCACAGCCGCCGUUCCUUGCGGCGUGGGGAGGCCGGGCGGCCCGCGCCCUGAGGCUCGCCGUGCGUGGGAGGGCGCGGGCGACCAGCGGCCGAGCCCCCGAGGAGGAGCCGCGGCGCGGGACGCCGGGCCGCGCUGGCCCUGGCCCGUCGGCGAGAUGCCCUGCGGGGAGGAUUGGCUCAGCCACCCGCUCGGGAUCGUGCAAGGCUUCUUCGCCCAAAAUGGAGUUAAUUCUGACUGGGAGAAGAAAGUAAUUGAAUAUUUUAAGGAAAAGCUGAAGGAAAAUAACGCUCCUAAAUGGGUACCAUCACUGAAUGAAGUUCCCCUUCAUUAUUUGAAACCUAACAGUUUUGUGAAGUUUCGUUGCAUGAUUCAGGAUAUGUUUGACCCUGAGUUUUACAUGGGAGUUUAUGAAACGGUUAACCGAAACACAAAAGCACGUGUCCUUCAUUUUGGAAAAUACAGAGAUGUAGCAGAGUGUGGGCCUCAACAAGAAGUUGAUUUAAACUCCCCACGAACUACCACUUUGGAAAGACAGACUUUCUAUUGUGUCCCAGUGCCUGGGGAAUCUACAUGGGUAAAAGAAGCCUAUGUUAAUGCAAACCAAGCUCGAGUUAGUCCUUCAACGUCCUACACUCCCAGUCGUCACAAGAGGAGUUACGAAGAUGAUGAAGAUAUGGACCUGCAGCCCAGUAAACAGAAAGACCAACAUGCAGGUGCCAGGCAAGCAGGGAGUGUUGGUGGUCUUCAGUGGUGUGGAGAGCCAAAACGUUUAGAAACUGAAGCUUCUACUGGCCAACAGCUGAACUUCUUGAACCUCUCUUCUCCCUUUGACCUGAAUUUUCCACUGCCAGGGGAGAAGGGCCCUGCAUGCCUCGUGAAGGUCUAUGAAGACUGGGAUUGUUUCAAAGUCAAUGAUGUUCUUGAGUUAUAUGGUGUCCUAUCUGUGGAUCCUGUGCUAAGUAUACUGAAUAAUGAUGAAAGGGACGCCUCUUCACUGCUGGAUCCGAUGGAAUGCGCAGACACAGCCGAGGAGCAGAGAGUGCACAGCCCUCCUGCAUCAUUAGUGCCAAGAAUUCAUGUGGUGUUAGCCCAGAAGUUGCAGCACAUCAAUCCUUUACUGCCUGCUUGCCUUAACAAAGAGGAGAGCAAAACCUGUAAGUUCGUUUCAGGUUUCAUGUCUGAAUUGUCUCCUGUCCGAGCAGAGCUGCUGGGGUUCCUCACACAUGCCCUUCUGGGAGACAGCUUGGCCGCUGAGUACCUGAUACUGCAUCUCAUCUCUACAGUGUAUACAAGAAGAGAUGUUCUUCCACUGGGAAAAUUCACAGUUAACUUGAGUGGUUGCCCACGGAAUAGUACCUUCACAGAACACUUAUACCGGAUUAUUCAACAUCUUGUUCCAGCAUCUUUUCGUCUGCAGAUGACUAUAGAGAACAUGAACCAUUUGAAAUUCAUCCCCCACAAAGACUAUACAGCCAAUCGCCUGGUCAGCGGGCUCCUCCAGCUCCCAAGCAACACUUCCCUUGUGAUUGAUGAAACUCUCCUAGAGCAAGGGCAGCUAGACACACCAGGUGUUCAUAAUGUGACUGCCCUGAGCAACCUAAUAACUUGGCAGAAGGUGGAUUAUGACUUCAGUUAUCACCAGAUGGAAUUCCCCUGCAAUAUUAAUGUUUUUAUUACUUCGGAGGGGAGAUCACUCCUGCCGGCAGACUGCCAGAUCCACUUACAGCCCCAGCUCACCCCCCCAAACAUGGAGGAGUACAUGGACAGCCUUCUGUCUGCCGUGCUGCCCUCCGUGCUGAACAAGUUCCGCAUCUACCUGACCCUUCUGAGGUUCCUGGAUUACAGCAUCUCCGAUGAGAUAACCAAGGCAGUUGAGGAGGACUUCGUGGAAAUGCGCAAGAACGACCCUCAGAGCAUCACUGCCGACGAUCUCCACCAGUUGCUCAUUGUAGCUCGGUUCCUGUCUCUCAGUGCCGGCCAGACGACGCUGUCAAGAGAGCGGUGGCUCAGAGCAAAGCAGCUGGAGUCUUUAAGAAGAACCAGGCUUCAGCAGCAGAAAUGUGUGAAUGGAAAUGAACUUUAAAGAUCUGACACCUAGGAGAGUAGUGGGCAGAUUGUAGCCACAUUAUUGUAAAAUUCAAAUACCAUUUAUACCACAUUGUUUUGUAGAUAAUUUGUAUCAAAAACCAAUGACUUUUCCUGAAGUCAAGCCUGGUAACAUCUGAAGUUUAUAUAAUAUUCAGUAAGGGCUUUUACCUUACUGAUUUUAUGGAGCUUUUGAUUGUUUUAUAAUUAUAUAAAUUAGUAACAUGUACAAAAUGUAUUUGAUAUUAAAAGUUUAAUAUUGAUAAUGUUGCUGAUACCAUUUCCUUAGUUUCAGCCAAGUCAUAGGUCACAGACUGUUGAAAUGCUAAUGUCAACUUCAUUUGAAGAAAUUUGUUGGAAUUCCAAAGUCAGAGGAGUUGUUCAGAUUUUUACAGUGUUUUUCCAAUUAAUGGUGGGUCUGAAUGUGUUUAGUGGUCCAAGUUUGGGGAAUGGGGUGUAGCUGCCAUUAAUUCACAUGACUCUGUGAAAUACUGUAGUAUCACUUCCCAGACAUUUGACCACAGAAGUUUUUUUUUCCACUUAACAGUUGUUAAUAACCUGCAAAAUUAGUCUUUACAUGGCAGUGGUUCCCAGACUUUUGGAUUUCAUGGACCAGUAACAUUUCCAAAAAUUUGGGGGACAGGGUUGCCAAUGUAUUUUGCCAAGUAAUCUGAAAGAAACCACUGUAUUAUCACCAUUUUUUUUUUCCCAUAAAAGGACACUCUCCAAAUAAGAGAGUCCUUUAAAUGGAAUAAAUACAGCUUUUUUGGAGAAAACACUACAUUGUCCUUUUUUUCUCAUUUCACCCCUGUGCAUUUGGGAACCACUGUUUUAUGGGACUUAAGGGAAUGUUGUCCUAGGAUAGGUUGUUUUGCCCAAAUAGGAAGAAAGCAAACAGUUAACUUUUUAAAAUAUGCCUUCUGUAGAAAAUAAAGUUUUAAAUUGUUUUCCUAAUAAUUGUCAUUUAGUUGCUUUGAUGAUUGUAUUGGAUUUUAAACUUGUGUAAGUUUUUCCAUUAGUUCCAGAUGUGUUAGUCAACGAACAUACCUACUAAUCCAGGAAUACCCAAUAAAGCUUUAGGUAAGUUUUUCCCAGACCAAUUACAGAUUUAAUAUAAAAGUUUUUAGUUUUUUUUUUUUUUUAAAGAUUUUAUUUAUUUGACAGAAACGGAGAGGGAGAAGCAGGUUCCCCGCUGAACAGAGAGCCUGAUGUGGGAGCUCCAUCCCAGGACCCCAGGAUCAUGACCUGAGCCAAAGGCAGAUGCUUAACCGACUGAGCCACCCAGGUGCCCCUAACGUAAUAGUUUUUAAAAUAACAGAAAUAUCAUUACCGAUACCUAGAAAGCAGUUGAUACAGUAUAGUGUACUUGUGGCAUCAAGAAUGUUCGAAAAGUUUAGACCAUAACUUUUUUUAAGCUGUCAGUGGUUAUGUAUGAAGCUUAAUGUGUUUUUUUAGCCAGUAACUUAUCUAGUGGGAAACAGGAGAUCAGUUAAAUGAUUCUGUUCAGUGGUCUUUUGAAAAGCACCCCCCCCCAUUGACAUUGCUAAACAAGGAAACAGGGUUAGCCUUAAAAACCAAGAAAUUCAUUAUGCCUAAUGAACUGAAGUGAAAAUUACUAGUUGUUUAACUUUUCCUAACCUCAAAUCUAUUUUUAUAAACUAAUAUAAGUAAUCUGUUUAUAUUUAGAAUUCUAACUGGUUUUCGUUUUUAUAACUGGUAGACUAGACUUCCUUAACCUUUUAGAAAUAAAAUCAAGACUCAACUGGAUUUGUGAGAAUAAAAUUCAAGCAGAUUAGUUACCAUGUGCUUAUUGUGCCGAUGUGAAUUGUAAUUUACCAAAGAGAAGUACGUAAUUUGCUUGAUCUUGCAGAAAAGUUCCCUUGAAAGGAAAACCCUCUUUGAAAUAAACAAAACUUCCCAAAUUAUUAGUACUUUGGGUUGUUUUUCAUGAUUGUAAGACUUAUCCCAUGAUGUGUGGGAAAAGAUCCCAUUACCUCCUGCUGGGAAAUCUUCACUGAAAGCUGACUGUGGGAGGUGGUACAGCCUGGUGUCGUCCUAGUGGCAUCCCACUUGGGGAGGAGACUGGAACCGUGGGCUUCAGAACCCCCUUUCUUUUCUCCUUUGCCCACACACUGGACAGUGAAGUUUGAACACAGUACCCUGACUGGAAUUAAAUGUUGCCUUUUUAGUUUUUAAAAAUCUCUUUGGAACAAAUUUCAUGGAGCUUAAAAAUACAUGUAUCACCUGAACUUUGCUUAUAUUUUCUCUCCCAUUGUGCAACACUUUAAUACUUUGAAGACCCAGAAAAAAAGAACAGAAUAAAGCAUUUGGUUUCAGUGUUUGGGUGUUUAAAAUUUGGUGGUUUGUGAUGCACUUCAUUUGUAAAGUCAUAUAAUCACUUAAAAGAGGAAAAUACUGGAAAGGCUGAGACCCAAGUGAUCAGUUACAGUUUACCUUAUGAAUUUUUUAAUCUGAUUUUCUUUAAAAUAUUAAGGAAUUCUCACACAUAUUUGUCACUUUAAAUUACAAUGGUAUUUUAUUUUAAAUAGUCACAAGAUUUGACACUUCGAAAAAAAGAUACCACUAAUAAAUAACAAAUGUGGAAAUACUUAUCAAAGUUACAAUAGACAUAAUGUUGAACUGAGAAUCACUUCAACAGAGUAAGGCUCUAAAGAGACCGGACAAACCAACACUUGUUUGGAAUAAGCUGUGCAACGUUCUUGUAUGGGCUUUUCUGAGGCCAUGGUUCCAUGGGUUCAGGAUUAUGGUCAUGUCAGUUUUAGUACAGCUGUGCUUCAGACUAAAUUUUCAACAAUUCAGUUACAGUCUGUACAAGAUGUUAAGGAAUGUUCCCCCGUAAAAAAAUUACAACUUGAACACUCAUUUCAAGAAUUAACCAGUACCCAGUAAAUGUAGUCUUCCAUUCCUGGAAACAGCAAAAUAAUUUAACAGGUGCUGGUAUGCACAUCCGGGGUCUCAGGUUUUAUGAGUGACCAGUCUUAAUUCUAGACUUUGGGGUGUACAAGGGGCAGAGUAUUUUAAGCAGACUAUGGGGAAAAUUAGGAUCAAAUGGGCAUACCUUUCUUGACUGUAAUGCCAGUAACCCUCAAUUAACUCUUAAUAGGGAAUGGUUAAGCCAUCAAAGCUAAACUAGAAUUUUUUAAUAUUCAAAUGCUUCUUCGUACUAGUAACACUCUAAAGUCACUAGAAACUAAAUGUAUUUACACAGAAAUGAAUGGACAAACAAGACAAAUUAUGAAAAAUGCUAUUCUCCUACAUGUGUGUCCAUGUUCAUCCUUUAUGUGUUUCCUUCCUACACUUCACUUAUCCACCCCACUCCACAAAAGGUUCAGGUUAUUACUGUCUCAAAGUAAUUAUCCCCAAAUUACUUUGAGACCAAAUGCUCUGUAGUGUAUAAGCUACUCACGUUUACACCUUCUAGGGUGAUGUACUCCUGUCGUCCUGGCUCUCAAAUCUGGAAAUCUGCUCAGCUUCAGACUCCUUUAAAAACCUUUCCCGAUAAACAGAAUUUGUGAUCCCUAGCUUCAAAGACAAUACAGGUUAAAAUAGCCUAAUAUGUGAAACCUCUUUUUGGAUUAAAUAAAAGCCACAGGAUUCUUUGUGGCUAAACACUAAAUCUGAAUUAUUCGUGUCUGGCAUUGUGUAAACAUACUUUUAAGUUCCUUUUGCUGGACUUCAUUAACCCCUUCAGGUUCUGCAGGGCUCUUCUGAACCUUUGCCACUGCGAAAUGGAUCCCUUGGGUGAAGCCAGCUUGAGUGAUACUAGCAACCUGGACCAUGGAACUUCGAAUCUUUGCAAAGGGAGAGACUGCUCUGCUGCUACCGCCCUCUGAAGGAGAAGGAGUUCCAUGAAGCCCUGUCUCAAAUUCAAGCGUGCUGGGUCCAGAGCCAGGGGUCUUUUGAGAUACAACUGGAUGCACUGGUUCAACUGACAAAUACUGGGGACCUGUUGCAGAAAAAGACACAUCUAAUUGAGACGGCCGGGAAGGUAUCCGUUCUGUUGAUUCCGAUUGUGUUUCUUCACUGGAAGCUUGAUUGGCCAUUUGAUUUCCCUCCUCACUAGCCUGCUGACAAACAGACCCUGUUUCUGACAGCUGGGUCAUUUUGUUUUGUGCAUCUUGUACAAAUCUGUGGCAGUAAAUAUCCACAGGCUUGGCAAAGCCAGUCAAUAUGUGUAUGUUGUCAGCAGAAGGACUUUUCUUCAAAGGAGACUCAUGGCCUUUUCCAGACCCACUUCCAUGAGCAGCAAUCUCUGAAGGAGCAUGAAUGCUAGUAUCAGUGCUGCUAAUGGACUGGGACCGACUGCCUAACCGAGGUGCUGAAGCAAUAAUACCACAACUAGGAAGAACAUAGUCUCUUGGCCCUACGUUCUCCAAAGAAUUAGCUAGCUGUUUGUCUUCAUCAGACUUGGAAUUUGUAAGGAAUUCAUCAGAGUGGUAGGAGUCAUUCUCUGAAGACACUUCCCCAUCCGACUCUGCCUGGACUUUGUUAUCCAUCGCACCUGUGGUUUCCAUAGUUUCAAGACUACUAUCUGACUUCCAAAGAUUCACUUUUAAGUUUGGUUUUAGAAAGUUCACUUUCAUUUCAGGUUUGGCAAAGUUUCCUAGCUUUCGGAGAUUGCCAAUAUUUACAUUAGAUUUGGUCUGUUUCACUUUUUGAUUUAGAGAUGAAAAUUUGCUCAUUAAAAAAUUCUUUCCCUGUGCCAAAGAGCCUUGGUUUUGAGAUCUGAUGCCAAGGAUGUCUUCAUGAGGUUUACUGCUCUUCCUACAAAUUAGAAGAGAAAACAGUUAACUCCCUCUGAAAUCCAGUAUACCAGUUCCAGUUCCAGUAAGUGAAAGCUGUUACUUAAAUUGGGCCCAGUUUCUGAAACCGUGCACUAAGUGGUAAAAUCAGAUAACCCCUUGGAGUAGAUGCUAGAACAGUACUGUACAACAGAAAUGUAAGCUAGAUGUAGUUUUAAAUUUUUCUAGCCAUAUUAAAAAUAGAAAUUUUGAUUUUAUUUAAUCCAGUAUAUACAAAAUAGCUCAACAUAUAAUCACUAGUAAAAGAUGAUUAAUGAGGUAUCUUAUUCUUUUUGUUACUAAGUCUUUGAAGCAAUCAGUGAGUAGUAGUUUUAAAAGGCCAGCAGAAGCCUUUUAAAACAUUGACAAGCUGUCCCGGGGCACUGAGUGGGAAGGGUGCCCUGGCUGUGUGACUUUAACCCCCAGUCCGGUAGGCAGUUUCUUGCGUCCUGUCCUCAGGCAGCCCGUGCACUGAAGAGCCAGCCUGUGGAAAUGCUACAUGUGUAAAUCGUAAUCCUACUCUGUCAAGAUCCUCACAGUAGUUGGAUUAAUCAUGUUGAGUUCUUCUGGAUCAAAACUGUGUCUUUAGAUUUGAUCAUUAUUAUUGCAUGUUUCCUUCAACUGGAUUCUCUUUGGCAUUCAGAGGAGGAGGAAGCAGCAGAGGAAGGGAGAUAAGCCUCCCCAUGGUUGCCUCAACCUGCAUUUUUGUGUAUUCUAAGAAUUAAAAACAAAAACACCACACCCAAAAUUCAGACAACAGUAGUUUCCCCCCUUACCUGUGGGGGAUAUAUUCCAAAACCCCCAAUGGAUAGCUGAAGCCACGGAUAGGAUCAAACCCUGUAUGUACUAUGUUUUUCCCUAUAUAUAAUCUGUGAUAAAGUUUAAUUUAUAACUAGGCAGAGUGUAAGAGAUUAAUAAUUUAUAAUACCAUAAAUAAAAUUUAUAUGAACGU